AUGUCCAGAGAAAACACUCAAGGAUGGAGCGUCGAAGAGUGGCGUGCUUUCCAUGCUCGUGCCACGCCACAAACGGGUUUGGAUCAGCUUCUGGCGCUGCUGGAAUCACAGAAAGUGGCACCACAAGACCCAGCUUGGAUCUCAGUGGUCUCUCCUGAGCAACUCACACACCAAUGGCGCGUUUUACAGAGCAAACGCGACAAACAGCUUUUGCCGCUGUACGGUGUACCCGUGGCCGUCAAAGAUAACAUCGACGUUGCCGGAUCGUUUACGACGGCGGCGUGUCCGAGCUUUUCGUACGAACCCGCCAAGGACUCCACGGUCGUUUCGUUGUUGAGAGACGCCGGAGCCAUCAUUCUGGGUAAGACCAACCUGGACCAAUUUGCCACGGGGCUGGUGGGCACUCGGUCGCCGUAUGGGAAAACGCCAUGCGUUUUCAGCGACAAACACGUUUCGGGAGGCUCCUCAGCAGGCUCUUCGUCGGUCGUGGCGCGCGGGAUCGUGCCUCUGGCGCUAGGGACCGACACAGCUGGAUCCGGGCGCGUGCCCGCUGCGCUCAACAACCUUGUCGGGCUAAAACCAUCCAAGGGUGUUUUUUCGUGCUCAGGUGUCGUGCCCGCGUGUAAAUCGCUAGACUGCGUUUCAGUUUUUGCCCUUAACUUGCGCGACGCUCAAACUGCAUUUCAAGUUAUGGCCCAGCCUGACGGUGAAAACGACGAAUACUCGCGUGCCAUGCCAUCUAACCCACUCAAACUGUACCGCAAGGACCUCAAUGUGGCCAUACCACAAUCGGUACCUUGGUACACAGAAGAAGGAGGGGAAAACCCACGUUUAUACCAACAAGCAGUUGCUAAUCUUAAAGCUACAGGUGCUCAAAUCGUGGAGAUUGAUUUCGAGCCACUCCUAGAUUUAGCUCGCUGCUUGUACGAGGGCGCUUGGGUUGCUGAACGUUACGAGGCAACCCGUGACUUCUUCAAAACUAACCCAGAUCCUGCUUCUCUCGACCCCACUGUCACCUCGAUUAUCAAGACAGGAACAAACUUCGAUGCGGCCGAUGCCUUCAGAUACGAAUACAAGCGUCAAGGAAUCUUGCAAAAAGUUGCCAAAUUACUUGCUGAUAUCGAUGUUUUAUGCGUUCCAACUUGUCCUCUCAACCCGACCUUUGAGGAAGUUGCUGCAGAACCCAUUAAAGUGAACUCUUGGCAAGGUACCUGGACCAAUUUUGUGAACCUAGCAGACCUAGCCGCUCUAGCAAUCCCAGCCGGUUUCCGUAGUGAUGGUCUGCCCAACGGUAUCACAUUGAUCGGUAAGACUUUCACAGAUUACGCUUUACUAGAUCUAGCAAACCGCUUUUUCAAGAAAGCCUUUCCUAACGAUUCAAGAACCUACGGCCAAUUCACUGAUCGCACGGUCACCACACAGGAUGAGCUGCAGGCUGUUCCAUACAGUACAAAAGACUCUAUUAAGCUCGCUGUUGUGGGUGCUCAUUUAAAGGGGUUACCGCUACAUUGGCAACUUGAAAAGGUCAAUGCUACUUACAUAGGAAGCCCCAAGACUUCUCCUAACUAUAGGCUUUAUGCCCUGCCAAAAACUGGUCCUGUACUGAAACCUGGCCUCAGGAGAGUUUCUGACGAUCGUACAGGCGCUCAGAUUCAGCUUGAGGUCUACAGUGUUCCUAAAGAUCAAUUUGGUACGUUUAUCGCCAUGGUUCCAGAGCCAUUAGGAAUCGGCUCCGUUGAGCUGGAAUCAGGAGAAUGGGUCAAGUCCUUUAUUUGUGAAGAAUUUGGAUACCAGCAGAAGGGAACCGUGGACAUCACUAAGUAUGGCGGGUUUAGAGCUUACGUCGAGGAACAGGCCUCGGAGGCUGCCAAAGUAAUGAAACCUUUCGAGACUGUCUUGGUUGCUAACAGAGGUGAAAUUGCUGUGCGUAUCAUCAAGACUUUGAAAAAGCUAAAGAUCAAGGCUGUCGCUGUUUACUCCGACCCAGACAAGUUCUCCCAACAUGUUACUGAUGCCGACGUUGCCAUCAACUUGAAAGGCCGUACCGCUGCCGAAACAUACCUAGACAUUGAGAAGAUCAUAAGUGCAGCUCAUCAAACAGGUGCACAGGCCAUUAUACCAGGAUAUGGCUUUUUAUCUGAGAACGCUGAUUUCUCGGAUAGAUGUGCUGUUGAAGGCAUUAACUUUGUUGGACCUGCAGGUGAUGCCAUUAGGAAACUAGGUCUAAAGCAUUCCGCCAGGGAGAUUGCAAGAGAGGCGGGUGUUCCCUUGGUUCCCGGGUCAGGACUGGUAAGCAGCCCACAGGAAGCCAAGGAAAUUGCCGCAAAGCUAGAAUAUCCUGUUAUGGUCAAAUCGACAGCCGGUGGUGGUGGUAUUGGCCUACAGAAGGUCGACUCCGAGGAGGACAUCGAAAGGGUUUUCGAAACGGUACAGCACCAGGGGCAGGCCUACUUCGGCGACUCCGGUGUAUUUUUGGAAAGAUUUGUUGAAAAUGCUAGACACGUAGAAAUUCAAAUGAUGGGUGAUGGCAAGGGUAAAGCUAUUGCUAUUGGCGAACGUGACUGUUCACUGCAGCGUCGGAACCAGAAAGUCAUUGAAGAAACUCCUGCACCAAACCUAAGUGAAAAGACAAGGCAAAGAAUGCGUACAGCAUCAGAAAAAUUAGCUUCUCUCCUGAAGUAUAAAUGCGCGGGUACCGUUGAGUUCAUCUACGAUGAGAGAAGGGACGAAUUCUACUUUCUAGAGGUCAACGCGAGAUUGCAAGUUGAGCAUCCAAUUACCGAAAUGGUGACCGGUCUAGAUUUGGUUGAGUGGAUGUUAUUGAUCGCUGCCGGUACUCCUCCCGAUUUCGAGAGUGCAAAUAUCACUGUGCAGGGCGCUUCGAUUGAAGCUCGUCUGUAUGCCGAAAAUCCUGUCAAGGACUUUAGACCUUCUCCAGGGCAAUUGACCGACGUUCAAUUCCCAGAAUGGGCUAGAGUUGACACAUGGGUAUCUAAGGGCACAACUGUCUCAGCAGAAUACGAUCCUACUCUGGCUAAAAUCAUAGUUCAUGGUAAGGAUCGCGAUGAUGCAAUCCGGAAAUUGAACCAAGCGCUCAAUGAAACCGCCAUUUACGGAUGUAUCACCAAUAUUGAUUAUUUGAGAUCUAUUGCUUCCUCCGAGAUGUUUAAAACUGCCAAGGUUGCAACUAAGGUUUUAGAUUCUUAUGACUACAAACCUUCUGCAUUCGAAAUAACUGCACCAGGUGCUUACACCACUGUGCAGGACUACCCAGGUAGAGUUGGUCACUGGAGAAUUGGUGUGCCACCAUCAGGGCCUAUGGACUCCUACUCAUUUAGACUCGCCAAUAGAAUUGUCGGAAACCACUACAAGACCCCAGGUAUUGAAAUUACUUUAAACGGACCAAAGAUAGUCUUCCAUACUGAUGUGGUUAUUGCUCUCACCGGUGGUACAGCUCCUUGCACUGUGAAUGACAAAUCUAUUGAGCAGAAUAAACCAAUUUAUGUUAAAAGAGGUGAUCAGCUCGCUGUUGGUAAGUUGACCAAAGGUUGCCGCAUGUACUUGGCUAUCAGGGGGGGUAUAGAUGUCCCAGAGUACUUGGGAUCUAGAUCUACUUUCGCUUUAGGGAACAUGGGCGGUUACAACGGGCGAGUUUUGAAGCUGGGAGAUGUUCUGUUUUUGAACCAACCUGAUCUUCCCUCUUCCUCAAUGCCUGCUCCAGAGUAUGAACCUAGCGAGGCUCCCGUAGACAUGAUUCCAGCCAUAUCUGAAGGCAAAAAAUGGCAGAUUGGUGUCACCUGUGGCCCACACGGCUCUCCUGACUUUUUCAAGCCUGAGUCCAUUGAAGACUUUUUCAGCGAGAAAUGGAAGGUCCAUUACAACUCUAACAGAUUUGGUGUCAGGCUCAUUGGCCCUAAGCCAAAGUGGGCAAGGACAGACGGUGGUGAAGGAGGUCUUCACCCAUCUAACGCACAUGACUACGUUUACUCCAUGGGUGCUAUUAACUUCACAGGAGAUGAACCCGUUAUUAUUACAUCUGAUGGUCCAUCUUUAGGUGGGUUUGUUUGCCAAGCAGUUGUUCCUGAGGGCGAACUGUGGAAAGUGGGCCAAGUUAAGCCUGGUGACUCUAUUCAGUUUGUUCCAAUUUCUUAUGACUCAGCUAGGUUAUUGAAGGAGUCCCAAGACAAUGGAAUUGAUACUUUCGAGAAUGGUAUCGUCAAAACAUUAGUUUCUGACCUCAUGUUGCCUACCUAUGAAAAUCCUAUUUUGGCUCAAGUAGAGAAAGAAUCAGACUUUUCGCCCAAGGUAACUUACCGCCAGGCUGGUGACCGUUAUAUUUUGGUUGAAUACGGCGAAAAUCAAAUGGACUUGAACCUCUCCUACCGUGUCAACAGAUUGAUCAACUUAGUUGAGAAAAACAAGACAGUUGGUAUUGUUGAGAUGUCUCAGGGUGUGCGUUCAGUUUUGAUAGAAUUUAAUGGGUAUGAGGUGACUCAAAAGAAACUAUUGGAAGCUUUGCUUGCUUACGAAAAGGAGAUCAAAUUUGAUAAUCAUUGGUCUAUCAAGUCGAAGAUCUUCAAGUUGCCACUUGCAUUUGAGGACUCUGAAACCUUAGCCUGUGUCAAGCGUUAUCAAGAAACUAUUCGUGCCAAAGCUCCAUGGUUGCCUAAUAACGUGGAUUUUAUUGCAGACAUUAAUGGUAUCACUCACAAAAAUGUUGAAGAUAUGUUAUACAGUGCCCGAUUCCUAGUCUUGGGUCUAGGUGAUGUAUUCCUCGGUGCGCCAUGUGCCGUUCCACUUGAUCCUCGCCACAGACUGCUAGGUUCCAAGUAUAAUCCUUCUCGAACAUACACUAAAAACGGAACUGUCGGUAUUGGCGGGAUGUACAUGUGCAUUUACGCAAUGGACUCUCCUGGCGGUUACCAGCUGGUGGGUAGAACGAUACCAAUCUGGGAUAAGUUGAAGCUUGGAGCCCACUCCUCUGAACAUCCAUGGCUGCUCACCCCAUUCGACCAAGUUGAGUUUUACCCUGUCAGUGAAGAGGAGCUAAACAAGUUCACCGAAGAAUGUGAAAACGGUCAAUUUCCUGUACAGAUUGAAGACAGCAUCUUUGACCACAAGCGUUAUCUGCAAUGGAUCUCAGAGAACAGCGAAUCGAUUGAGACAUUCCAAAAAUCCAUAGGUGGAGAAAAGGCGGAGGAGUUCUCGAAAUUAAUGCAGAAAUCUAAUGACGAAUUGGAGAGCUCUGCGUCUGCCGCGUCUACCGAGGAAGAAGAAUAUCCAGAAGAUGCUGAGAUGGUUUACUCCGAGUAUUCGGGUAGGUUCUGGAAAUCUCUGGUCUCUGUUGGAGAUUCAAUUAAGGCAGGCGACGCCCUGAUUGUCGUUGAGGCUAUGAAAACGGAAAUGGUUGUUUCAGCGCCAAAGGACGGCAAGGUCUUAAAGAUCAAACACAAGAAUGGUGAUAUGGUUGACGCUGGUGACGUUGUCGUUGUCAUUCAAUAA